AUGGCAGGUCUUGGACAUGCUGAGACAGUCGUGAUGAAUUUAUUGAAUGGUCUUUCGGGAUGUUAUCGGACUGUGGUAGCCGAUAACUUCUUUAUCAGUAUUUCCCUAGCAAAACGUUUGUUGGCACACGAUACAUACCUUAUUGGAACAUUGAGAAGAAAUCGUGCCGCAUCCGGAAAAGAAUUCCUUCAGAAGAAGCUCAAGCGUGGCGAAGCGUACGGACUUCGAAAUAAGGAAGGCAUAAAACUGAUCAUGUGGAAAGACAAAAAAGAUGUUUUGAUGAUAUCCACAAGGUCUUCGCAUUCAGCAGCUGUAGUAGAUAUUGAAAAAGCAAAUUUUCAAAAUGAGCCAAUUAUGAACCCAAAAGUUGUAGUAGAUUAUAACAAAGGAAGACAAGGUACUGAUUUAUCUGAUCAACUAUCAGCAUAUUACACAUGCCUCAGACGAUCUAUAAAAUGGUACCGAAAGGUGGCAUUUGAAUUGUUUUUUGGACGGCUAUAG